AUGCAGGAGAUGAUGCAUGGCAUACUUGGAGUUCUUGCAAGAAACAAUGCGGUGCGCCUGGUUGUUCUGUAUCUAGUGUUCUACUUUGGAAGAUGUGUACGCAAGCCGGACGUGUUCUAUGGAGGAGAGCGGGUGGGAAGCGUAUACAAGAUGAACAGUUUGCAUAAGAGCUACUAUCCAUUGAUUAUUGCGCCGUUUGGAGUAGUUCAAACUGUUCUACAGCUGUUCCGAAGGCCGGCAAUCCAUCCCAGAACAAUGGUUGUGAUAGAAGCAGUAAACAAUGGAUCGAUUGUGCUUGACAUAGCUGAAAAGAAUAAGGAGACGCAGAAGAAUGUGUUGCUGGUUCAUGGUUUCAAUGGAUCUGGAGAUUCAACAUACAUGCAGUGGAUGUCUGCACACCUGGUGAGGGAAGGAUACCGAGUGUUUUGCUUCAAUGCACGAGGGACAAAGUCAGGACUGAAGAAUGCGGUGUUUUUCCACAUUGGAUGGACAGUGGACCUCAAGGAGGCAGUCAGGUUUGUGCUGGAGAACUACAGCGGAACGCUUGAAGUGUUUGGAUUCAGUAUGGGGGCGAACUGGGUAACCAAGCUGUUUGGAGAGGGCGGACUGGAUCCAAGGGUUGUCAAGGGAGGAGCAGUCUGCCUUCCGUUUGACUUUUUCAAGAUCGGAGGGCAUUUUCAGAAGAAUCCAUACACCAGGUUUUUUAACUGGAUACUUGCCAAGAACUUCAUUAAAUACAUGAAAAGGAACAGAGAUGCAUUUAAGAAUGCAGGAUACGACUUUGAAACAGUGAAGAAGUGCAGGAGCAUGCAGCAGAUAGAUAUGCUGGUGACAAAGAAUAUCUUUGGCAUAGAUGAUGUGGACCACUACUACAGGAGCGAGUCUGGGGGGAAUUACAUACACACGAUAUCGGUUCCAUUCAUCAUUCUGAACACAUACGACGAUCCUGUCGUUCCUGCCUUUUCGAUUGACAAAGACGCAUGCAUGAAGAAUGGAAACAUAUUGCUUGUGAUAACACACAAGGGAGGGCAUCUGGGAUUCUUGUCGAACAUGCCAAGCAGGACAUUAGCUGAGGACAUACUAAUUGAUUUCAUCAGGCACUUCUGA